AUGGUUCUGUCCUGGAUAUGGCUGACAGGACACAUUGACCUGAAUGAUGGUACGGACGAGGGCGACAAAGUGCUUAAGGAGGUUUGGGCUAAGAGCAGGGCUAAAGCUGCUCGGGCUAGAGAAGAGGUUAUGCUGAUUCAGGAGGAAAUGCAGCGGACACUUCGGUUUUUAGGGUGGAAGGCACAGUGGUGGAGAAGCAGAGUUGAUUCAAGAACAGUCAACGUAAACCAGGGGCUUCAAGAAGGCUUGCAAUCCUACAUGCAUAAGCAAGAACAUUUUCUGAGGCGGCUGGAACAUAAAUGGCGCAUAAUGUGGAGUGUGCCUCUGGAGGAUCCCAUGGAUAAAGAGGGCAACAGUGAGGAAGACCCAGAUAACAACGAGGAGGAUGACGAGGAAGAUGAUAACAAUAUUGAUAAUGAGGAGUAUAGAGAUGAAGAGAGUGCAGAAGGAAGUGUAUAA